UAACGGGUGAAUACAGUGCACCGGAAGUAGUGAGGGAGCGAAAAUGACCACUUCCGCCUGUUUCGUUCCCGCCUUAUACGCGCUCAGCCAAUGGGAGCGCGGCUCUGAUAGCUAUGGGGCGUGCAGUGUGAGAGAUUUGGUUGCUGCUGGUGGUCCUACAGCUACUCACCAUCCUUCACCGGCAGAAUGGUUUGAAGAGGAUGGUCCAGAGGAUGUUCUUCUUUCCUCUCAGGGAGGCACACAGUAGUGCGCAUAGCAGGACUAUACUGGUGAGCAGCACAAGACUGAACUUCUUUCCAUAGUUUUGGAGACAAUUUGAGGAUAUGGAGCCCAUGAUCGUUCUACUGGUUGUUGCAAGUUUUUCUGGCAUCUUGGGUCAGACAGAUAUGGCUUGCAAGUCGUUCAUUUUCUCCAAGAACUACAGUUUUCCUGUAGAACUCACAUAUGAAGGGGAUGGAAGCCAGCUUUUGACAGUUCACCGCCUGUCUAAGGUCUUGCACAAAAAUGACUGAGAGCAUCAUGUUCAGUAUCCUGAGUGGACUCCGAUACGACUAUUUCUUUAGCAUUCUUGGUGGAGGUCCUGAUGCCAACACUGGUCUUAUUUGGGUGGAAGGACAAAGAGUGGAUGUUAAUUUUCCAACUGAUGACACAAGGUCAAGUAGAAGUAUCUGUCUGAGUUGGGAUUCUCCUAAUGGUGCAAUGGUGCUCUGGGUCAAUGGAAAGAUAACUGAGAAGAAACAAUUUAAGAAGGAAGGAAUAAAGUACAUCGAUCCUAGGAUAUUUAUUGGACCAGGACAAAUUUUCCUAGGUGGUAAACCAAUGUUAGAAGUGGGGGAGGUCACAGAUGUCCAUGUGUGGAACAGAGUGCUGAAUCCACAGGAUAUUGAGGAUUAUUAUCAUAAUAAGAAAGGAAAAGUUGGUAACAUAAUUAAUUGGAGGGCUCUAAAAUAUGAUGGAUCUGAAGGGGAUUUCAUCAUUGGUCCAUUUCGGUGUAAAUCUUAGAGGUCCUCAACUAAUAUGUAUUUUUCGUAAAAUCUGAUUAAUAAUGCAAGUUGAGAUGGAGGAUAUCAUGCUAUGAUUACUCCUAUGUUCACUUCACACUACUGUUUGAGGAC